AUGGUCGUGCAAAACUGGGACAGCAUCAGCCAGAAUCAUCCAGUGGCACUCAUCCAUCCCACGGUAGUCUCCGACACGCAUUCCAUCAAGGCGAGCGACUUCCACCAACAGAUCAGCUAUUCGGACGACAAAGGAGAGGACCAAGCGCCGACGGAACGGAAGGUGAAGAAAGAAUGGUUCAAGUACUCAGCCAGCGAGAACAUCAGCAUCAUGUACGCUAUUUUCUUAGUCAUGUUAGGGAUUGUCAUCUACACCGCCGACAUGUUCCUGGGACGAGAAUCCGUCUUGGCUGAGUGCUUUAAUAAUUUUCUGAUCACUUUACAAGUUAUCUGGCUCAUGUACAUCCACAUUGACGCGAGGAUGUACAUCAAUCACAUAUCCAGGAAGUUAGAAGAGGCUGAGAGCGAAGGGAAACAGAAGCAAACAGGGUCCAGCGACCAGCCACAGGAGCCGAUUCCCUUCCACUAUGGCUUCACCUCCGGGAGACAUGGCGGGUCGAUCUAUUUGAAGAUUGGAGCUACAAUAUUCUGCUUCGGGCACAUGAUCCACACUGGUCUAAACUUGGCUCAAAAGGUCCUGUAUCUGCUGGAUGACGACCCUUACUUCCUAGAGUGUACCAACAUUCCUGACGUCUUGAUGUCUGUUUUGCAGCCUAUCUGUGCCUUCUACCAACUCUUCUUCAUAUUCAAAUACUCAAACUUGAUCAUCAACCGUCGCUACGUCCUGGCACGAUUCGGCCUAAUGCAUUGCAUUGGCUCUUCACUCUGCUACUGGAUCUACACCAUCCUCCAGGAGACGCUACAGACCAUCUUCACGGAGCUGCACAGCAACAGCAGCAGCCCAAGUACCCACAGCAGCGACGGUUCGUCGUCAUGGAGCAUCAAGUACGGAUGUGAGCGAAACAGUUACCUCUCCGAUAUGAUCAACUACACUACGCCUUACCUCUACCCGUUUAGCAUCGAGUUCUACAUCCUGAUGGUGGGGCUGUGGAUGUUCCUGCGGGCGAACAUCGGCAAAGUCGAGCGCCACACGCACAUCCCGUCGGUGAAAGUGGUCUACGAAGGCGAUCAUUCCAGAUCGCUGACGUCGAACCUCGUCAUCUUCGUCGACUGCCACUCCUCGAACCGCGGCCUCUUCGCUGGCCUGUUCAUGACCGUCAUCACAGUCAUCGCGAUCAUCCUGCUGUUCAUCUUGUCUUCUUACGAGGACAGCGACCAAAUCGGGAGGUUUGUGAACGGCGUCACCGAGGUGGUGCUCCUUGGCGUCAUGGUGGUGUCAGCGGCAGCGACGUACAAAUUGAUACACAGCCUCGACGUCAUCAAGGAGACCGCGAUUUCUGUGGACGACAUCUUGGUCUACGUCAGCCUGCCCUGCAUCUUCUUCUACGCGUUCCUCCGUCUGGUCCCGUCCAUCCUGUACUCCGACGCUCUCUUUGGCACCAUGGCCAUCCUGCAGAUCCUGCAAGUCAUCGUCCAGACGGUGAUGAUCUACGACGGGAUGCGCCGCUGCUCGAACACGUCAGAGCUGAGGCACAAGAAGCCAGGGCGAGAGCUCAUCACGUUCAUGGUGGUGCUCAACGUGGCCAUGUGGCUCCUCCAGACGUUCGAGGUCAAGACCGUCGGGAGCAACUCCGCCAUGUAUUUAUUCUACGGGAAGGAAAUGUGGACGCUGCUCUCUCACCUCACCCUUCCCUUCGCUCUCUUCUACCGAUUCCACUCAUCCGGCUGCCUGGCUAACAUGUGGCUGGUCAUCUACGAGGUGGAUGAAGUCCACUAG